AAAAAAAAAAAAAAACGUAAGAGUAGACUCUAGACCCUUCCAUUUCGCGGAAGCCUCCAGACCCAUCUCCUUCCUCACUUUCCCACCCUAUUUCUCUCUCCCAAACUUUCUCGCUUUUUCCCAUUCCUGUUUCUCUACAAAAAUCCCUAGCUCCCCAAAUCUCAGAAAAGAGCUCCAAACUUUCUCCCUCUUGCAUUAAUGGCGAAGUACGGCGAGGGCGACAGGCGAUGGAUCGUCGAGGACAGACCCGACGGUGCCAACGUCCACAACUGGCAUUGGUCGGAGACCGACUGCCUCGAAUGGAGUCGGAACUUACUCUCGAAGCUUCUCUCCAACCUCGUCGUCCUCGACGGCGAGGGCAAUCUCUUCGUCCGGACCAAGAAGGUCGAGAAGGUCGACGGCGAGGCGUACGUUAACGUACGGAAGGGGAAGAUCAUUCCCGGCUACGAAAUCAGCGUCGCGAUCCCGUGGGAGGGCGAGGCCAAGGACGCCGACGGGAAGUCGCUACUUAAGGUGGACGGCACCGUCGAUAUUCCGUACAUCGCCGACGAGAACGCCGACGAGGAUCCGGAGAUUAGGGUUACGGUGAAGGACGAGGGGCCGAUUGGGAGAACGUUGAAGGAGGCGAUGGCGGCGAAGGGGAAGCCAAUUAUUUUCGAGAAGGUUAGGGUUUAUGUUGAAACAAUGGCUAGAGGUGGCCCCGCUAAGGACGCUUUGGAGAGCAAGAAGGUGGAGCCGAAGAGCUGGACGAGUCCGUCGGUGAAUUCUGUGGCGGCGGCGGCGACGAAGGAGGUGGUGGAGAAGAAGGAGGUGAAGAAGAAGGAGGCGAAGAAGGAAGGGUUUAAGACGAUAACGAUGACGGAGAAGUUCAGUUGCAGAGCAAGGGAUAUGUACGAGAUUUUGAUGGAUGAGAAUCGGUGGAAGGGAUUCACGAGUAGUAAUGCGAGGAUAAGCAAGGAGGUUGGUGGAGAGUUUAGUAUUUUUGAUGGGUCAGUGACCGGUACGAAUCUGGAGUUGCAAGACGGGAAUUUGAUCGUUCAGAAAUGGCGGUUUGGAAAUUGGCCUGAUGGGAUUCAUUCGACGGUGAGACUGACUUUGGAUGAACCUGAACCGGGAGUUACCGUUGUGAAGCUAACACACACUGAUAUUCCAGAGGAAGAUAGAUACGGGAAUGCGACCGUGGUGGAGAAUACAGAGAGAGGAUGGCGGGAUCUGAUUUUCCACAAGAUACGUGCGGUCUUUGGUUUUGGACUUUGAGUUCCUUUUUUUUUUUUUUGGAUAGUUUCCUUCAAAAGUGUGGAAAUUUCUUCAAGCAAUUAAGCAUUAAUUUGCAUCUUUGGAUAUCUAUCAUUCUUGGAUUGGUAAUAAUAUUGGAGAGGUGUGUUGAAUUUUUGUUCCA